UUUUUUUUUUUCUUUUUUCUUUUGUUACUGUUAUCGAUUUCUUUAUCUUACUAAGUUAACGUCCUCAUCCAAUAUAAAAUGUCUGCUCCUCAAGAAGAUGGUAUUAUUCGUUUCGGUGACAUGAUCACUCUCAAGCACGUUGCUACCAACCGUGUUCUCAACUCUACUGGUGGUCAACAAUAUGAAGGUGGCUCUAACCAACAAAAGGUUUUCACAACCGAAGGAAGCAGUGGUGAAGAAAGCCAAUGGAUUGUCCUCCCUCCUCCUGUCACUGAAGAAGAGCCCGGCUACGAAGUUGGUUUUGAAGACAAGUUCCGUCUUGUUCACGUUGCUACUCGCGCUCAUUUGCACUCCCAUAAUAUUGAAAGCCCCGUCACCGGUCAACAAGAAGUCUCCUGUUUCGGUAAUGAUGAACAAAGCGAUGAAAACGAUAUCUGGCAAGUCCUUCAAUAUGAUGAAGAUGACGAACAAUAUGAUAACUUCUGGAGAGUCAACCAACCUGUUAUUAUCAAGCAUGUCGAAACGGGUAACUUGCUUCAUUCUCAUGACAUUGUCUUGACUGAAGGUCAAAAUGAAGUGACUGCUUAUGGUGGCAAGGACGAAAACGACCAAUGGGCUGCUUGUUCUGAGUAAAAGAGGCCAACGGACAAAGCAUGGAAAAGCAGCAUCCUUUUGUAAACUUAUAGCUCGCAUUCUAUAGACACACACAUCUAUAUGCAUAAAAACAACACAAUAUUCCUUUCUUUAUAUCCCAUUGAAUUUCUUUUACAAAUAAAAAAAAAAGUAAAGCAAAAAUG